AUGGCGAGGGCGUCGUCGUCGCUGUCCAUGGGUGUGGUCGCCGCGGUGGCAGUGCUGGUGGUCCUGUGCAACGCCGUGCCGGCCGCCGCUCAGGGGAAGAAGGGCCCUCCGCCUCCUAAGCUAUCGUCCAACUUCAAGACGAUCCACCCGGGACGGUUCGGGAAGAGGGACCAGGUGCUCACCUGCGACGACCAACAGGACAAGAAGAACCCCUGCGUCGCCACCUGCGACAAGGACCGCUGCCCCCACGAGUGCAUCGUCAUGUGCCCAGGCUGCAAGACCUACUGCAUGUGCGACUUCUACCCCGGGGUGUCUUGCGGUGACCCGCGCUUCACCGGCGCCGACGGCAACAACUUCUACUUCCACGGCAAGAAGGACCAGAGCUUCUGCGUCGUCUCCGACGCCGACCUCCACAUCAAUGCCCACUUCAUCGGCAAGCGUAACCCCACCAUGAGCCGCGACUUCACCUGGAUCCAGGCCCUCGGCAUCCGCUUCGCCGACCACCGCCUUUACAUGGCCGCCCAGAAGACCGCCGAGUGGGACAGCGACGUUGACCGCCUUGAGCUGACCUUUGACGGCAUACCCAUCGACAUCCCCACCGAGAACGAUGCAGAGUGGCAGUCCACCAUCGUGCCCACCUUGACAGUCACCAGGACCUCCGCGACCAACGGCGUCAGGGUCCAGCUCAAGGGGGUGUUUGACAUCUUGGCCAAUGUGGUGCCCAUCACCGAGAAGGACUCGCGCAUCCACAACUAUGGCGUGACGGAGGAAGACAGCCUCGCGCACUUCGACAUUGGGUUCAAGUUCCACGCCUUCACUGAUGAUGUCCACGGAGUGCUCGGCCAGACCUACCGCACGGACUACGUCAACAAGCUCAGCGUGAGCGCCAACAUGCCCAUCAUGGGCGGCGCCGCCAGCUACGUCUCCUCCGACAUCUUCUCCACCGACUGCAAGGUUGCCAGGUUCGGCCGUAGCCGUGGCGCGAUCUCCAUGAUCACCACCAAGGCCAGUUAA